AUGAUACAUGGAGGUUUCUGCCUAGGAAGGGCAGAGCAAGAAGACUCCAACUGCAGGAGAUGGGUUUGGAACCACGAUGAAGUAGCUAUCAGCAUCGAGGACCGACUGGCUCCUGAAGUGCAAUUUCCUGUUUCAGUUGAGGAUUACUGGGAUGCUUUGAAAUGGAUUGCAACAAACUCGGAGAUGCUGAAUGCACAUGCUUCUAAGGGGUUCGUCUUGGGCAGCACAUCAUCCAACUCAACUUGUGCUUUGGUACUCUCACACUUAGCAAGAGAUGAAGCACUUUCUCCUCCAUUGACAGGACUCUUCCUCUUUCUCCCAACAACAUGCCACCCAUCAACUCUCCCCGAGCCCCAUGCGUUAGACAUCCGCAUUGUCAGCUGGGAGCAAUGCCGCGAUCCACCAUCUUCAAUCGAGUAGCUUUGGAACACUUUACUGCAAAUUAUCCUUGCGAUCCGAAGUCACCUUUGAGAAGUCCUAUGUUAUGGCCAACCGGACAUGCUUCACUUUCUCCAACGUUCUUCAUCAUUGCUGGUGCGGAUCCGGCAAGGGACUAUGGGUUAAUCUAUGAGGAGGUCCUGAGAGAAGUAUGAGUGAGGACGAAAUUUGAACUAUUCCCUGGCUUGCCGCAUGGGUUUUGGGGAUUCUUUCC